GAACGCUUCCGUUCCAGUUACCGCCGCGAACAUGGCGUUCCCAGAGCCGAGACCAACGAAGCCAGAGCUGCCUCGGAAGUCCGUACGGAGCCUGCCAUGCCGCCAGGGAGCCGUGCGGGCCGUGCGCUUCAAUGUUGAUGGGCGAUACUGCCUGACCUGUGGCAGUGACAAGUCCCUCUCCCUGUGGAGCCCACUGCGGGGGACGUUGCUUCGGACCUACAGUGGCCACGGGGCCGAGGUGCUGGACGCUGCAGGCUCAUUUGACAACAGCCGCCUAUGCUCUGGGGGAAGCGACCGAGCUGUUCUGUUUUGGGAUGUGGCAUCGGGCCAGAUUCUCCGAAAAUUCCGGGGCCAUGCAGGGAAGGUGAAUUGUGUGCAGUUCAAUGAAGAAGCCACGGUAAUUGUAUCUGGUUCCAUUGAUUCCAGCGUCCGAUGCUGGGACUGCCGGUCACGACGCCCCGACCCUGUCCAGAUCCUAGAUGAAGCCAAAGAUGGUAUAUCCAGUAUAAAGUUGUCAGACCAUGAAAUCCUAGCAGGUUCUGUGGAUGGACGGUCACGACGCUAUGACCUUCGGAUGGGAGAGCUGGCUGCAGACUAUGUAGGAAGUGAGUAUGGGCACAAGGGGCUUGGGAGAGCACAGCUGAGAACAUUAAUGCUUGAGCCUACCCCUUUGCAGGUCCCAUCACUUGUGUGUGCUUUAGCAAAGAUGGCCAGUGCACACUCAUCUCCAGCCUUGACUCCACCCUUCGACUCCUGGAUAAAGACACAGGGGAGCUGCUUGGAGAGAGCCAGCCUGAUGUUUCCCCAUCCCAGGUACAUGGGGCACAAGAAUCGUGAAUACAAGUUGGAUUGCUGCCUAAGCGAGCGUGAUACCCAUGUGGUCAGUGCCUCUGAGGAUGGAAGCGUCUACUUCUGGGACCUGGUAGAGGGCACUCUGGCUCUGACCCUGCCUGUGGGCCGAGGUGUAGUCCAGUCCUUGGCCUUCCACCCCACUGAGCCCUGCCUGCUGACUGCCUCAGAAGGCACUGUCCAGUGCUGGCGAGAAGAAUCUUUUGUAGCAGAAGAUGACCUGCCGGCUUGA